AUGGCUUCUUGCAUUUACUUUUGUGAUAACAAAGGCAAGACGAUUCUUUCUAGACGUUACCGUGACGAUAUUCCGACGUCAGCCAUCGAGAAAUUUCCUUCACUACUGUUAGAGGCCGAACAUGAAUCCAGUGUAGUUCCACCAUGUCUGACUCACAAUGGCGUUCAAUACAUGUUCAUCCAGCACAACGAUGUCUACGUACUUACAAUGAGCCGGUCGCUAUCGAUCAAUGUCGCAGAGGUAUUUUCUUUUCUCUACAAGCUUGUAGAUGUGCUGGCAGAAUACGUCAAAACAGUGGAAGAAGAAUCUAUAAGGGAUAACUUCGUUAUCAUAUAUGAGCUACUCGAUGAGAUGCUAGACUACGGAAUUCCACAGAUUACCGAAACGAAGAUGCUCAAGCAGUAUAUCACACAGAAAUCAUUCAAACUGAUCAAGUCGGUCAAAAAAUCCAAAAAUGUGGUGCGUCCACCCUCCCAAUUAACCCAGUCCGUGAGCUGGAGACCCGAGGGAAUUGUAUAUAAAAAGAAUGAGGCCUUUUUGGAUGUGGUGGAGUCUAUCAACAUGCUGAUAUCUGCCAACGGCCAAGUUCUACGGUCUGAAAUCCUGGGCAAGGUUAAAGUCAAAUCUCACCUUUCCGGCAUGCCAGAUCUAAAAUUAGGACUCAACGACAAAGGCAUCUUCACCAGUGACGACUCAAGCAAUAAGUCAGAUCGAUCAACGGGCAAAAAUUCGAACAUAGAACUAGAGGAUUUGAAAUUUCACCAGUGUGUUCGUUUGAGCAAAUUCGAAAAUGAGAAAAUUAUCACAUUUAUUCCACCGGAUGGUGAUUUUGAGCUAAUGAAUUACAGACUUUCGACGCCAAUUAAACCGCUCAUUUGGUGUGAUGCCAAAAUCCAGGUCCACUCACAAUCGAGAAUCGAAAUCCACUGUAGGGCCAAAGCACAGAUUAAGAAGAAAUCCUCCGCCAAUAACGUCGAAAUUCUGAUACCAGUUCCAGAAGAUGCGGACUCGCCAAAGUUUCGGUAUUCUCAUGGGUCUUUAAAGUAUGUUCCUGAGAAAAGUGCCAUUCUAUGGAAAAUCAAGACCUUCAACGGUGGCAAAGAAUACUCUUUUGCUGCCCACUUGGGUUUGCCUUCCAUGACAGAUGUAGAGGUACCCAAGGCCAAAAGGCCCAUACAAGUCAAGUUCCAGAUUCCUUACUUCACCACCUCGGGUAUUCAAGUGCGUUACCUCAAGGUUCAAGAGCCUAAACUUCAAUACCAAAGUUACCCCUGGGUUCGAUACAUAACGGAAAGUGGUGACGAUUACACUAUUAGAACAGCAUAA